AUGAGCGGCGGCGCGGGGGCCGAGCGCGGCAGGCACGUCGCGGAGGGCUACGCGAGCGACGACGAGGGCGGCGUCGCCCCCGCGCGGCCGCGCGGGGGCUUCGGGGCGCUGCCCGGGGACGGGCCCCCGCGGCGCCGGCUCUCGGCCGAGGAGGUCCUGGACUACGGGGUGCGGCAGGCGUCUUCCGGGCCGCGCGGGAAGAAGGCGCGCUACCUGGACGCCUUCGGGGCCCCGCAGGGCCAGCGGCUGUCGAGGGCUCAGACGAAGCCCAGGGGCACCUACGAGCACCAUUGCCGGCUGCUGAGCUGGCUCCCGAGGGCUGCGGCCGCGAAGGCCUCGGUGGGGUUCAAGACGGACCUGGUGCUGCUGCAGGAGAGCCACCGCUUCCUGCGCUCGGCGGAGGACGACGACGGCUCCUGGGAGGCCAAGCUGGCGGGUAGGUACUACGAGAGGCUGUUCAAGGAGUACGUCAUCUGCGACCUGGCGGGCUACAAGACGGGCGACGUGGGCUUCAGGUGGCGCACGGAGCGCGAGGUUGUGCAGGGCAAGGGGCAGUUCUUCUGCGGGCAGCGGCGUUGCGAGGGCCGCGAGGGCCUGAGGAGCUACGAGGUCGACUUCAGGUACAGGGAGGCCGGCCAGAAGAAGCGGGCGCUCGUGAAGGCCCGGCUCUGCGAGCCGUGCGCGUACAGGUUGCAUUACAGGCGGUUGAGGAAGCGGCACCGCCGACCUGGUGCGGCGCCCGAGGAGGGCCCGCCCGGCAGCGGCGAGGCCGGCAGCGGCGAGGAGGGCGCCGGGGAGGGCGCGGGCGGUGGGGCCGCGGGCCGCGGCGAGGGCGGCGAGGGAGGGGCGGCGGCGCCCGAGGGGCCGAGCGAGGAGGAGAGGCGGCAGCUGGAGGCGCUGGCCUGGCGCGGCCCGGACCCCGACGCCCGCACGCGCGAGGACGAGUUCGACGACUACUUGGCCGACCUGUUCACGUGA